GGGCAUUACAGGUUUUCCUCCGCUUUUAAAGGACAUAACAUGCAAUGUUCAUUUGAGAUCUUUCUCCAGAAAGGUGGGCGCAAUCGACGUUUACGGCUGGUUUCACAAAACUGUUAUUUUCUGCAUCGAAGAGAUAAUUUUGGGAUCGAAGCAACGCGGUACGUAUCAACACUUCGUUCUUACAUGUGCCUAAAGUGCUUGAUUCUGAACGUAAGCUUCUCUUUAGCACUCCUUUCACCUCAGAUUUUUUUUUCAGGUACAUUGACAUGUGCAUGAAGGAUACUGAUCUUCUCAUCGAAAAUAAUGUGCAACCUAUUCUGGUUUUCCAGAAGAAACUGGAGGGCAAGGCAAAUGUGGAAUCCUCCUCCGCUAACUUGUUGUUGUUGAGGACAACAGCAAGUUAGCGAGGUUUUCUAGUCAUUUUUUCCGUAUGAAUUCAGUUUUAUCUGUUCGUUAUUUUUUGUAUGAUUUAUUAGGAAUCAUGAAGAAUCUCGCACAAAAGGUUUAA